GAUGGUUAGUUGGGAUAACAAAACGCCGCCAUUGGUGAUGGCUGCGGCAUACCUCGAGUCGACAAAUAUUUCACCGCGCUAUGGGCGAAAUCGCCCUGGUGAUGGGUAAGGGAAACAAUCCGUCUGACACGACCAGGAACGAUCCGCUGCUUGGCCGGUGAGGCGGUAUAGUCAGGCCAUCCCACUCCUCGGCAUCCCAAUUUAUUUCUCACGGCACCGAUACAUUGCAAGAUUCUUCCCUCAGCACCGCGACAUCCUCGCUCUUCCUCUCUCACCUUCCCCUUCUCUCUUCUCCUCCCCCCUCCUUCCUCUCAUCUCUUCUCUCUCCCCUCUCCCCUCUCCCUCUUCGUAUCCUCACACCCUCCCCUCCACACCAACCCACCACCUCCAAUCCCACCACCUUCAGUCCCACCACCUCCAUUCCCACCACCUCCCAGCAACGCCGCUCCCUUGCCAAGAAACAGAAAGCAUCUCACCCCACCACCGCAUGCACCAGAACCCGCGCUCGCGGGUCUGCGCGGUGCGGCGGGGGAGUGUGCGAUGGCAGCAUGCGGCAUCGAAACAAGCGACGGAGACGUAUGUGGCGAAAACUCCACACCAGAAAGCAAACAGCGCAGCCACCCAGGCCCCCAUUACGCAGACAGCGGGAGCCCGCGGCGCGGAGCAGGACAUCCAGCGGACGCAGAACAGAGUGUGUGUACGCUACAACACUACAGGUGUGGGGUGGGGUGGCUGGAUACACGACGACACUCCAGGUCCCGGUGCGCACACGACGCGUUCUCCCUCGAGCGGACCAGGGAAACGAAGACGCCGAGUCUCGGUCGCAGGGUCUCGUAGACGAAUGUCGUGGAGCCGGGAGCGCGGGGGCGGCUCGGUUCAUACCCUGACGGCCAAGGUCUCGCACCAAAGGCCCAGAGAGGCAGAACCCCAUCAUCAGCGAAAGCUCCCGGGUUUGGUGGCAGAGUCUCAGAGGCAGACCUCGGGGGUUCUUAGAGUUAGAAGUAAGCCAGCGUCUCAGAAGCACGGUAGUCUCAAAAACCAAGUCUCCCGCGGCCCUCACGGGCAGAAGCUCGGAAGCACACCUCGGGCACGGAUGCAAGACCACGGAAGCAAGACCACGGGAGCAAGACCACUAAUGCAGAGUCUCACGAGCAGAGUCUCAGCAGCAGAGCCACAGAACAGAGACCACGCGGGCAAUAAAACCAGCACGGCAAUACUGCAGAGCGAACGCCGUGCAAGGAGAGGCGAGGAAGGAGGGCUCGAGGGGUGGUGUCGUGGGGGUGGAGGCGUAGGAGUGCUCGCGUCCGCAUGGGAGGUGCUUUGCAGUACUUCGUAUCAUCUCGUAGUACUCGCUGGAUCGCUGGGUCGCUGGGUCGCUGGGUUCCAUGAGCCAUUGGACGACGGGCGAGGCGGGGGGCGAGGGUAGGCGGUGCGGUGGUGGCAGUGGUCGCGGCGGUGGUGAGCACGAGGACGGGUGGAUGGAGAUGGACACAGGCCCGCAGAUACAAGGCUGAGAAGACGGGGAUUGCGGCGUGGAGAGCGGGCAGUGUGUAGCAGUCAGC